AGCUGGACUACUAAACUGUGUAGCCACAGGGGAUCCAUUCCCUCAUAGUCAGUUCAGAGUCACCCUCAGAAAGAAAGAGAGAGAAAGAGAGUGUAAUAGAAGCCUUUUCAUCCACAAAAAGUUGAAAAACUAUAGAAAAUAAGUGAGCAAAUAAAGAGAAAACAGCAAAAGCAAAAGGACAGAAGCUUCUCAUUAGAUUUUUGCUCUUUUUGAAAAACUCAAAACAAACAUAAUAAUGUCUUCCCUUCAUUAGCCAGCUCAUUCCUUCCAACGUACCGAUUAAAAGAGACUCAAAGCUUGAUUCUUUCGCUUUCAAGUCACAUUAUCUAUCUGAAAUGAAAAAACCCAUCUUUCUUUCUUCUCCAUUCUGAUUCCUUUCUCAAAGAAUAUUGACCUUACUGCCAAUGUUGCUCAGAUUGAGGUGUAAGGGACAUGGAGAUGGAAGUCACUUGUAUGCUCAUGAGAGAUUUUGCAUUUCAUGGCAUUGAUCAUUGGGGUUGACUUUGCUGAAGAUGGAAUUUUUUCUUGGUGGUCUUAUAUUGGCUUACUUGCUUUCUUUUGUAUCUGCUGAUUAUCAAGUUAUUGAUCUUACACACUGAUCCUUAGGCCUGGGCUAGCCAGACAGAUGAUCAGUUGACAGAUUGGAACAAAAAUCAAGUUAACCCUUGCACUUGGUCAAAUGUUAUGUGUGAUCCUAGUAAUAAUGUCAUUUCUGUGACAUUGUCAUCCAUGAACUUUUCUGGCACCUUGUCCCCCAAAAUAGGUGUACUGGAGACUCUUUCAUCGCUUACGUUGAAAGGAAAUGGUAUAACUGGUGAGAUACCAAAAGAGUUAGGGAACUUGUCAAGCUUGACCAGCUUGGAUUUGGAAAAUAAUCGUUUAACUGGAGAAAUACCUUCUUCCUUCGGUAAUCUUAAAAAUCUUCAGUUCUUGACUCUGAGUAAUAACAAUCUCACUGGGACUGUCCCUCAGUCAAUUUCAGAUCUUCCAAAGUUGGUCACUCUCCUGCUUGAUUUGAAUGAUCUUAGCAGUCAAGUUCCAGAUCAUUUGUUCCGCAUUCCAAUUUACAAUUUUACAGGAAACAGGUUAAAUUGUGGUGAAAAUUUUCCUCACCCUUGUGCAUCAAACGGAAAUGAUUCAGGAUCUUCGCAGAAGCCAAAGGUUGGAAUUAUUGUUGGAAUUGUUGGGGGAUUUAUAAUUCUUAUUCUUUUUGGUGGCUUGCUGUUUUUCCUGUGCAAGUGUAGACAGAAAGGCUACAGGGGCGAAGUAUUUGUUGAUGUUGCAGGUGAAGUUGACCGAAGAAUUGCUUUUGGUCAAUUAAAAAGGUUUUUAUGGAGGGAAUUGCAGUUGGCUACGGAUAACUUCAGUGAAAAGAAUAUCCUUGGACAGGGAGGUUUUGGAAAGGUUUAUAAAGGUGUGCUUUCAGAUAACACAAAAGUUGCAGUUAAGAGAUUAAUGGAUUUUGAAAGUCCUGGAGGAGAGGCAGCUUUUCAACGUGAAGUUGAGAUGAUAAGUGUAGCUGUUCAUAGGAAUCUGUUACGGCUGAUUGGCUUUUGCACAACACCAACAGAACGCCUUUUGGUCUAUCCAUUUAUGCCGAAUUUAAGUGUGGCCUAUUGUCUUCGAGAACUCAAACCUGGUGAACCUGUUUUAGAUUGGCCUACAAGAAAAAGAAUAGCCCUAGGUUCAGCACGUGGGCUGGAAUACCUUCAUGAACAUUGCAAUCCUAAGAUCAUUCAUCGGGAUGUGAAGGCAGCUAAUGUAUUAUUGGAUGAAGACUUUGAAGCAGUUGUUGGUGACUUUGGCCUUGCAAAGUUGGUGGAUGUAAGGAAAACAAAUGUUACAACUCAAGUUCGUGGGACAAUGGGUCACAUAGCACCUGAGUACUUGUCCACUGGAAAGUCAUCAGAAAGGACUGAUGUCUUUGGUUAUGGGAUUAUGCUUCUAGAGCUUGUAACAGGUCAACGUGCAAUUGAUUUUUCACGCUUGGAAGAUGAAGAUGAUGUUUUGCUGCUUGAUCAUGUCAAGAAGCUGGAAAGGGAGAAAAAGCUGCAUGCUAUCGUAGAUUGUAAUCUUAAUGAGAAUUACAACAUCCAAGAGGUGGAGGCAAUGAUCCAAGUUGCAUUGCUUUGUACCCAAGCAUCACCAGAGGACCGUCCAGCUAUGUCGGAAGUGGUGAGGAUGCUGGAAGGAGAGGGACUGGCAGAGAGGUGGGAAGAAUGGCAGCAUGUUGAAGUUACACGAAGGCAAGAGUAUGAAAGACUGCAACGGAGAUUUGACUGGGGAGAAGAUUCAUUAUAUAACCAGGAGGCAAUCGAGUUAUCUGGUGGGAGAUGACGAGGUAAAGAAUUUCCUUGCUUGUUAAAACCAUGUUCCAUCCUAGUUUGUAUGAGUUGGUAAGCUCGUUAAUGCUUUAUUUGGUGAGCAAAUUUUUUUAAUUUAAGCAGUGAUAGGAUUUGGUCAUCAACUCUUCUUUUCUACAUAUUUUAUUCAGGAUUUCUUUUUUCCUUUUCUUUUUUUUUUUUGGGAUUGCAAUUUCAUUUAUUAUUCUCUGGUGGUGAGAUGUAAAAGUAUAAUUUCCUUUAUUAUUUUUCAGUUUUAAAUUUGUAAACCCGAGCAUAUAUAUAUAAAAUAUUG